UUCCAUACGUGAUUGUGACAUUUCUUUGAAAACGUUAGCAGAUUGAUUGUAUUUUGCACCACACUGUACAUACAGCCACAUUUCAAUAUAAUAAUAAUAAAAGAAAUAAUAAUAAAGUAUUACAAGUUACAAACGUGAAAAUUGUAGGAAGCAAGGAAAUAUCCACGAGAAACAACGAAAAAUAUAUAGAUUUCAUUCCAGAGACAGAGAUGGUUGAUAUCAUAAAUACUGCAAAAACCAAGAAACACAAAGUUUCUAAAAAGACUAAGAAAUCGUGGAGAAAACAUGUGGACAUUAACGAUGUAGACGCAUUUCUUGAUAACAAGAGAUUGGAGGAGCGAUUGGGCGCUCCUUUCUCUGAGAGACCAGAUUCUGAGUUGUUUACCAUUGACAAGAAUGCCAGUGCGACUAAGCCUGUGAAAAGUGCCAAACGCGAGGCCAGACUAGCUUUGAAAAGCAAAGAGCCAAGAUGCUUUGCUUCUUUAAAACCACAUACAAAAGUUCCCGAUCCAAUCUCCAAAAGAAACCGAGUAAGAACCAAGGAGGAACGUAUGAGCUCCGUAUUACGGCAACGCGAAGCGGAGAGAAAAAUGAAGGGUAUUCUUAAAUUGAAAGAGAAAGUAGUUUUGAAAAAUAGAGCGCUUGCAAAAGCCGCUGCAGCUAAACGUCCUAAGAGAGGAGAGAUUACAGGUGAUGCAUGGCAAGUCACGAAGAAUGACUUAUUGCCAGAAAAAGUCACUGAUUGGAUGUCCUCUGAUAGUCUUCGGCAUACGAUAAAACAUUUAGGAGUUAAUAAAAGAAAAGUACCCUCAUCUUUGGGUAAAAAGCCAUCCAUUUUACCAGCAGUGGAAGCGCCGCAUCCAGGUACAUCUUAUAACCCAUCAUAUACUGAUCACCAAGAGUUGUUGCAUGAAAUAGCUCAAAAAGAAUUGGAGCUUAUCAAGCAGGAGAAGCAUUUGGACAGAGUCACAACUCAAAUGUUUAAAAAGAUUCCGUUAAACAAACGAGAUGAAUAUAUGAUGAAAGAAAUGUCGGAAGGUUUACCAAAUAUAAAUAAAACCACAGUAAAUUCAAAAUCUGCUCAAGAGGACCAAGAAGAAGAAGAAGAAGAUUCAUCUGUAGUAGGAAAUGAUAAAACUGUAAAGAACAUCAAGAAGACACUUGUGCAAAGAAGAAAACAACGAGAACAGAAGCAAGAGGCUAACGAGCGUGCAUUGAUGAAAUGUGAGAAGAAAAAACUUUCCGAUGUUUAUAAAUUGAACAUUUUACAGAAGCAAAUAGAGGCCAAAGAGAAGAAAGAAGAACUCUUACGACAGAAACGAAUGAAGAAAUGUGAAAGAGAAUCUACUAUGCCAAGAACCCUUGGUAGGAUAAAAUUUGAGCCCAUGGAUUCUGAUUUUCAGCUUAUGGAAGAGUUAACUGGUAAUUUGAGAAACUGUAAACCCAGCAUGAAUUUACUGAAAGAUCGCUACAAAUCGCUUCAACAAAGAAACAUUGUCGCACCGACCGUCAUCAAAUUGAAACGGGAAAAGGCAAAGAUGAAAAAAUUCGUGAAACCAGAUCAUAAAAUAGAUCUGGACAUUGUCAAGAGACAAGGCAAGAAAAACAGGAUGUCAAAGACAAGAAAGACUUAAUGCUGUUUCCUAUUCUAAGAUUUUUAUAUUUCGUUCAAAAUCGUAUAUAUGUAAUUCAUAUAUUAUCGUUGAAAGAUAUAUCAAGGUAAAUUAAUUUUCUGUACAAUUGAUCAAAACAGAGUUGAGCUAAUUUAUUUCUUACAUUUCUUUUAUUUCAAUCAUUUUAUUUCAGUUUCAUUAAUACUGAUCUUUUUUUACUUGUCAUUAUUUUUCAGUUUUAAGUUCAUUAGCAUAUAUUUAAUAUCAUAGAGCAUCUGCAAAUGCGUUUGUAUUUGAUCAGAUAUCCAUUGUUUUCGAUUUUUAGCAAUGGUAAGUUUUUCUUUUUCGCAAUAAAGUAAAAUUUCCAU